AAAGAAUUAAUUGGCUAAUUAAUCAAUUGUUUUUAUUUUUGGCGAAAUUUUGGAUCGAAUUUUUUUUUCACCAAGUUUUCAUUGUCGAAUCUGGGUAUAAAAUAUUCGAUCGAUUCCAUAGAACACAAUAUGGCCGAUAAGCAAAAUAAACGGACAAAAUCACCAUCAAAAGUUCAAUUAGUGAAAAAAAGUCCAAGUAUAACCAUGAAAAAAAAUCGAUCACUAUCCAAACAGUCGAUCAAAGGGAAAACGGCUAAAGAAUCAUCAACAAUAUCGAAAAAAUCUCGAAAGAAAAGCAAAAAUGAACGAAGCCAAAGUAAAAUGAAAACGACAGCACGAAAAACAUCAAUUAUAAAAACGAGUAGUACAAAUUUAGCUAAAUCACCACAGAACAAAAGUUUGUCGAAAUUGAUAAUAAUACCAAUCGAUGCUAAAUCGUCAAAGACAAGUGGUAACAAACAGUUGUCUACAUCUUCAAAAAAGACUUCCAAAAAUCAAUCCUCCACAAAGGUUGAAUCAAUUUCCAAACGGAAGGUGGAAGUAUCACACUCAAAUGUCUCAACAAAACAAUCAAAAACCAGUACUGCUUUACGACCAAGAAUGGCAAAAACUGUUGCCGAAAAAAUUAAAGAAAAACGAUCCAAAUCAAAACUUGAAACUCAAUCAGUUAAGGAAGGUAAAUCGAAAAUUCAGCCGAAAUUAUUUGAAAAGAGUAAAAAAUCGACAAAAACCAAAAAAGAUACCAAAAAGCAAAAAUCGAAAACAAUUGUAAGAGAAACUUCUAAAGCAGCUGGUAUAACCGAAACGAUUCUAAAAGUAUCAAAAAUUGAACCCUUCAAAUCAAAACCAUCCAGUAAAAAACUUGAGCUAUUUGUCAUAAGGAAAUCUCCCACACCCAUGAAUUCUGUGGAAGAACAAAAAUCUCAGAUGGCAUUGUUGAAAGCUGAAGCUGAAGCAGCAGCCAGAGCAGCGAAAACUUAUGAAGAACCUAAAUUUUUUGAAACAAUGAUCGAAACUAAAGUAGCAACACCAGAGACAAAAUCUCCACUUGUUGAACAUAUUACAAUCAAAACAACAGUAGUAGAGUCUAUCAAAGCUGAUAUCAAACCAAAAUCGUCAAAACCAUUACCAAGUCCGCCAAAACCAGCAUCUCUUCCGCCGAAACCAGCAUCUCUUUCGUCGAAACCAGCAUCUCUUCCGCCGAAAUCAGCAUCACUUUCGUCGAAACCAUUACCAAGUCCGUCAAAACCAGCAUCUCUUCCGCCAAAACCAUCAUCUCUUCCGCCGAAACCAGCAUCUCUUCCGUCAAAACCAGCAUCUCUUCCGUCGAAACCAUUACCGAUUCCGUCAAAACCAGCAUCUCUUCCGCCGAAACCAGCAUCUCUUCCGUCGAAACCAGUAUCACUUUCGUCGAAACCAGCAUCUCUUCCGUCUAAACCAGCAUCUCUUCCGUCUAAACCCAAAUCACUUUCGUCGAAACCAGCAUCUCUUCCGUCUAAACCAAAAUCCAUUUCGUUGAAACCAUUACCCAAACCGGUGAUGACAAAAACACCAGAAAGAUUUGAAUUGAAGCAAAAAUCAGUAACAAUAGUUAAAGCCAUCGAACCGGAAUCUAAAUCCAUGUCUGUUACGGCUAAAGAUGAUCAACCAGAAAGAUUGGUGAUAUCCACAUCCAAAAUAGCCACAGAUGAUCAACAACAGCCAUUGUUUCAAACAAGAACCGAAUUUCCUCUUUUUAUUGUAUCAUCUGUGCAGGUAGCCAAAAGUAAAGUUUCACAAAUUCCAGUUUCCCCACCGCAGCAAUUGAGUAAAUCCACACAAAUUACACCAAAAUCGACAAGUGUAAAGACCCGUACUUCAUAUCGAAGCGAUUCAACGAGAAAAUCAACAUAUGCCCGUUUUGAACGAACAUCCAUCUUUUAUCGUCGUCUUAAUGAUUAUCAUCGUGAUAGGCGAGAUGAGGCCAUCAUGAUUCCUUAUAAUCCAUAUCUUAAAGGUCGAAAAUUAUAUACAAUCCAUCGUGGUGAUGAAUUGGAUCAAGUUAUCGACAUCACACCGGGUCUAAUGUCAAGUCAAUCACGAAUGAAUUCAAUUCGACGUUCAAAAACUGAAGUAUUCCGACUCGGUGAUAGACGAAAUGCAGAUGUAUUUGAUGAUGAUCAUAAUAAUAAAUCAAUAUCAUCAGAACCAACACGAAAACCGCACAAAAUGGACAAACAACAACAACAACAAGAACAACAGCAACAGUUAACAACUACUACCACUUUAGCCGUAAAACAAGAUCCAAUGAUGAAAAUGAAAGCCGAAUCUAUGGAAGAACCAUCCAUAUUGAAGACGAUUGAUAGUUGUAACAGUAGUGAAUCCACUUCCAAGUCUAAUGUAUAACAAUGUUUGAAUUAACAACCACCUUACACACCCUCCUAAUGAAAUGUAUAUGAAAGUGAGUGAAAAGAAAAAUUCUGACGAUAAAAAAAAAAUAUGCCGAAUGUGUGUGUGUGUGUGUGAACGAACCUGAAAAAAAACUUUCUAGAAAAAGCAAAAUUUCUUAAAUUACUAAAUUUUUUAUUUUCCAAGUGGUAAAUUUUUUCUGCAAAAAAACAAACAAACAAACAAACAUUGAAGUGUAAAGCCUUCUUAUGAUGAUGAUGAUGAUGAUGAUGAUAAAUUGAACGGAUGUUCAAUCUAUUCUUUUUCACAUUUGGUCCGGUUUCAUUCAUCACACAAAAAAAACAACA